GAAAGUUAAGUAAGAUAAAGUAAACAAUGACACCCAUUAAUUCUGGAGAAUCCCUAUAUCUCCCACCGCCUCUGGCUACUUGCAAUCUCUUUGAGCUUGGAUUGCGUCGGACGAUUUUUCCGGGAAAAUGACGAGAAAGAAAAUUCAGAUCAAGAGGAUCGACAACACCACUGCACGGCAGGUGACUUUCUCUAAGAGGAGGAAGGGACUGUUUAAAAAGGCUCUGGAGCUCUCAACUCUCUGCGAUGCUGAAAUGGCACUCAUUGUCUUUUCGGCUACCGGAAAGCUCUUUGAUUACGCCAGCCCAAGUAUGCAGGAGGUAAUUCAGAAGCUUGAUCUGCGUUCAGAGAAUAUUGACAAAAUGGACCAACCAUCUCUUGAGCUACAGCUUCAGCGCAGUACCUGCACCCUGUUGGGCAAGCAAAUCGUGGAGAAGAGUCGUGACCUGAGGAAGAUAAAGGGCGAAGAGCUACAAGGAUUGGGUAUUGAAGAAUUGAUGGAACUAGAGCAAAUGCUUGAUGUAAGCAUGAGCCGUGUUUUAAAAACAAAGAAUAACAGAUUUCUAGAAGAGAUCAAUGCCCUUGAGUGCAAGAGCACAGAACUGAUGGACAAGAACCAGCAACUCAUGAAACAGCAGAUGGAGAAUGUGUUUAACGCCAAAACACACAAUCUACUUGAAGAAGGUCAGUCAUCUGAGUUAGCCACCAAUAUCUGCAGCUCAGCUGCUCCUCUUGAUCAAGACCCUGACAUAUACAACACUUCUCUCAAGUUGGGGUUACCUUUCCCCGACCGAUUUUGAAAGAUAAAGAAGAUCAUAAAGAGUGCAAGGAUUUACAUUUUUCCAGCUGGAAAACAAGCAUCGUGGCUUAAGUAUAUAUAAAACCCAGCUGAUCAGUUUUAGUUCUAGAGUAGUUAAAUUCCUGCAAUCUCCCAAUUUGUUUCGGAAAGUCGAUUCAAAGAAAGUCGGUAAAAUAUGUACGUGUAGGGUGAUAAUUAGCUGUAGAAGCAUGAGUACUAUCAUGUUAUGGACGCAUCAAGGGGCCAAAUAUUUGUUUCAAUGGAAAGUAAAUUCUGGGGGGAAAUAAGAUGAUCAUCAAGGGCGGUGGCGGGGUUGAAAGAGUUGGGAAAUGUGGCGAGAUAUUUCGAGUAUACUACUUGACAAUGACAUGCAUAUAAAUAAUGAGUAGAGGUCAUGCACGGAAUAUUGUAGCUCUGAAUUAAAAGCUUUCACAAGCCAAAAAAAGGGACCUCUCGAAUCAGUAAUAUGAAAGGUCCCUUUUUUUGCUCCCACAUUAAUAUUAUUCCUUAUGAUCAUCAUAUGAUGAUCUAGUGCA